AUGAAGGGGUUAUUGGCGUUUGCUUUGCUGGGCUUUUUUCUUGCCUGUACCUUACAAGUUACCAGGUCAGACGAACCACUCCAAGAGGAGAAAGCUGACCCAGAAGAGUUUGCAGACCAACCCGAUAACGACUCUCCAGAGACAACCUCUCCUAACGAAGAUGACUUAAUUGAAGAAGACGAGAUCGAGGGACUGUUCGACGAUGAUGAUGUUGCUGCCAUUACUGCUGUUCUGGAGGCUGCGGCUGAUACAGAAGAUGAUGACGAUCAUAACAUUUACGAACAAGACUACGAAGAUGAAGACGAGUUAGACGAUACUCGGUAAGUUAGUUUCGGAAAUUACAGUUAAGGGGCUAGCAGCGAGUGCGAAACUAUUACUUCUAACUAAAAGAUAUUUCUCGGUAUUUCAUCGCAUACGGUUUUCUGUUUAUUCUAUACCUAUCAGAUAUUAUCUUUUCUUAAGUUUGAAAAGUGGUUAAACAAAAAAUCAGAAGAAAAUAUUUUGUGCUGCAAUACUUGUUCAUAGACAAGCUUUCACGUCCUAAAUGAAGUUUGGGUCGAUUUACCUAACGCACAGUUUUCUAAAUGAUAGUAGCUGUGCAUGUUUAAUUCCUCCAAAGGAAACGAAAACAUAUAUAUCGCUUCAGUAUAUACUCAUCACAGUUUCAAUCGUGAAUAUGGUUCGGGCUGUUGGGUCGUCCAAUAAAAAAAAACUAACCACAAGUUCACGUUCGUCGCUGUAAUAUUGGUAUGUAUCCAUUUUAAACGCUCAUUUGUAGUAAUUUUGUAUUGUAGGCGUUUUUAAAUAUAUUUUUGAUUUUUUCUUUUCUUUUUUUCUCAAGUGAGUUGAAUUCGGAGGUACAAGCAGAUCCAGCACCCUGGAGGAGACGGCGCAGAAAGGGUGGAAGGCGAAAAAGACGUAGAUUUUUCCGUAAGAUUGGUCGUAAGAUUGGUCGUAUCGGUCGUAAGAUUGGUCGUUUUGGUAAAAAAGUCGGUAAGGUGUUAAAGAAACUUCCUGCCUCCGUACGCAAAAUUUUGCAAAAAAUUCCCGCAAAAAUUUUGAAAAAGUUUCCAUGUUUGCCAGGGAUCCCAGGAGUUCCAGGACGUCGUUAG